UGGAAGAAACGAACAAAACCCGGAUUAUAAUAGAAUUUUCGCCCUUUUAAGUUGCGGAACAACUUCUAAAAGUGAGAUUAAUCUUUAUGAAUUACGUUGAGCUCCUCUUUGAUGUAAUUCCGCUUCAAAACCUGAAAAUUUGUAUUAAAGCUUAAUUCUUUUUGGCGGCCAAGCUCCGCAGCUGUGACAUUAUGGAGGAUCUCGAGAAUAAGGAUUCGAAAGAAAUUCAAGAGAUCCUCGAGGAGCGUUUGAUCAACGAGGAAUACAAGAUAUGGAAGAAGAACACACCCUUCCUCUACGACCUGAUCAUGACGCACGCCCUGGAGUGGCCCUCACUGACCGCUCAGUGGUUUCCGGAUGUGACCAAGCAGGAUGACUCGGAGUACUCAGUGCAUCGCCUUCUCCUGGGCACACAUGCAUUGGAAUCACACAAUUAUCUGUUUAUUGCCAACAUGCAGCUACCCAAUGAGGACGCCCAAUUCGGGGAUUUGCAAUAUGACGACCAGAUGGGUGAAUAUGGUGGAUUUGGAUGUAUGGCUUGCAAGUUUGAAACUGAAAUUGAGAUCCACCUGGAGGGAGAGGUGAAUCGUGCACGUUACAUGCCCCAGAAUAAUUGCCUGAUUGCCACCAAGUCGCCGAUUAGCGAUGUUUUGGUGUUUGAUUAUUCGAAGCAUCCCAGCAAGCCGGAGUUAAAUGAAAAAAGCAUGCCGGAUUUGAGAUUGCGCGGCCAUCAGAAGGAGGGUUUUGGUCUCUCCUGGAGUUCCAAUCGCAGUGGCCAUUUGCUUUCCGCUUCGAAUGAUCAAAGCAUUUGUUUCUGGGACAUCAAUGCCAAAACCAAGGAGCAUCGGGUCAUUGAUGCUCUGAGCAUCUUCACCGGGCACACUGCUGCUGUCGAGGAUGUGGCCUGGCAUGCGUUUCACGUCUCACUCUUUGGCUCAGUGGGUAGCGAUAAGAAACUGAUGAUCUGGGAUACUCGCAACAAAGACACCUAUAAGCCAUGUUUCACCGUGGAAGCCCACACGGCCGAGGUAAACUGUUUGAGCUUCAAUCCCUAUUCCCAGUUCGUAAUGUUGACCGGUUCUGCCGAUAAAACUGUUGCACUUUGGGAUUUGCGUAAUCUAACCAAAAAACUGCAUUCCUUUGAGUCGCAUAAGGAUGAGAUCUGCCAGGUGCAGUGGUCUCCCCACAAUGAGGCUCUCUUCGCCUCCUCUGGCAUUGACAGACGCCUUCAUGUCUGGGAUCUGGCAAAAAUCGGAGAGAAACAGAAUGCAAGGGAUGCUGAAGAUGGACCUCCCGAAUUGCUUUUCAUUCAUGGUGGCCAUACGUCAAAAAUCAGUGACUUUUCGUGGAAUGCCAACGAACCAUGGGUUAUCUCCUCGGUGGCUGAGGAUAACGUUCUGCAAGUUUGGGCAAUGAGCGAAAGUAUCUAUAAUGAUGAUGACUCUGAUAAUGAUGAUUAAGGAAAAUACUUUCCGGAUGCAAAACUCUACAACAACGCAUUCAAAGAAUUUUAAGUUGAAGAGAUAUUCGAAGUUGAUUUCAAUUUGAAGUUGAAGAGAAUAAUACAAUGAAGAA